AUGGGAUACACUCAUUCAUUUAUUAAAUGCGUGAGUUUAUUGCAGCAUAUUAAAACCUUCUUCGGCUCAUCAAUAGAUGAUCAAUUGAUGCAGGCCUUUCAGCGUUCUAACAUAACGACAUUCACAUGUGCGUUGAACCCGCAGUAUGUUCUGGACAUGGAACGGUCGCAUGACAUUCCCCAAAGGAGCGUAAAGAUAUUACUAUACACUUUGAAUGGUGGUUUAUUCAUGGUGGCAACGUUCCUCAACCUUCUCAUUGUCUUAGGCUUCUUAACAAUGCCGAGGCGACUCACGCCGACGUACAUAUUGCUUUGCAACUUGGCGCUAACUGAUUUUGUUAUUGGACUUGCAAUGGCGCCUAUCAGCACAAUGACUCUUGCACUCAGUGAAUUUGAACAGAUAUGCAGCUCAUUCAAGGCCUAUUUCUAUUUGGGAGUAUUUCUUGGUUCUUCGUCCUUGUACACYCUCACUUGCAUAAGCUGUGACCGAUAUCUGUCCAUAAAAAUGCAAAAGAAAUACCGCACAGCUGUUACCAAUAAGAAAGCGUAUAAGACAAUAGCCCUUAUCUGGCUGGUUUCUUUAGUGGGUCCGAUGUUUAUGUCUUUUCUGAAUAAAUGGGCUGUCUCUCUGCUAAUUUGCUGUGUUCAAGCUUUAUGUUUGAUCAUCAUUGUUGAUUGUUAUGCUCUAUCUUUUGGUGUGAUCAAGCGGCGUCGAAGAGAAAUAAAAUCAACUUUUCACCACCCACUUAAAGUACUCAGUAAAAUAAAACAUGGAGAAGAAAAUACAAGUGUUGYUGCUGCGGAGAUUUCCUGUCCUAGUAAUCACACAUUGUCAAAGAUUUUUUCCACCAAUUCAGAUCAGAUGAACAUGAACAGCAGGAUCAAUACCCACAUUAAAGUGUCAUCAUCAGAAGAGGAGGAAAGAUGYAGCUUUGUAAGCUUAGAAGGUCCUAUUGAAUCACCAAAGAUUUCUCUCGAUUCAAAUGAGAAAGACACCAAAAAUGAAAGCAUGAAUACAACAAUAGAAGGGAAUUUCAGCUCUUCGUCAGAAAAAGGAAGUUAUAGCUUCGGAAGUUUAAAAAUCACUAGUAAAUCACUUAAUGAAAAUGAAAAUAAGAAGAUUAACUCAAAAGAAAGUACUAAAUCAUUUAAUGAAGAAGAGAUUCCUGGCUUUGGAAACCUGGUCAGUUCUAAUGAAUCGUCAAGGACUUUCACUAGUUCAGAUGAGAGUGGGAUCAAAAUCGAGGAUAUACAAAUGGAUGCACAAUGCAGCAUCAAUGGUCCAGAAAUUGAUGCCCUUGUCGUCAGUAUCGACCUUAACUCAAAGCCUGCUGAGUCAGUAUACAACCAAGAAGGAGAAGUCAACAUUUUAGCGACUUUGCGAGUAAUUCWAGUUGUAGACGGAUGGUAUGAUUUGGCUAUUGUCAUAGUCUUUUUCCAUUCAUGUGUUAGCCCGAUAACACUAUGCGUUCGAAUACCAAGUAUCCGUAAGGCUUGUUGGAGCGUGUUGAAAAGAAUGUGUUCCUGUAAUUCUGUGCAAAGAUAA